CGCCAAUUAGAAUUAUUGACUUAUUUGGGAGGGACUGGGGAGUGAGAGGAAGAAGGAUUUGAGAAUUUUCAAUUAAAUCAAAUUUGGUUUAUGCGCGGGGCCUCUUGCUGGUGAAUCGCAUUCCGAGUGAAAAUAUACAUGAAUGGCGGCGUCCGAUAAUCCUUAUGAGAUCAUCGACGAUGAUGAGGGGUUUGAUUGGGAAGCGGCUGCAAGAGAAAUCGACACCGUAUGCCAAACGACCAGCGACAGCGACCCAAAGGGAAAGGGAAAGGGAAAGGGUAAGGUUUCUCCCAAUCCCAAGAAAAAGCAAUUCACUCUCGAUAAGUUUGUGGCCAUUGCCAAGAAGGAAACCCCGACAAAACCUCAGUUGGAAGAAGAUGCUGAGAGCCCUAACUGCACCCACCACAUUGACGUCGAUGCAGCUAAAACUUGGAUCUAUCCUGUUAAUGUUCCGCUCCGUGACUAUCAGUUCCAUAUUUCCCAGUCCGCACUCUUUUCAAAUACAUUGGUGGCCCUGCCAACUGGACUUGGCAAAACACUCAUUGCCGCGGUUGUUAUGUAUAACUACUUCAGAUGGUUUCCUCAAGGCAAAAUAGUCUUCACUGCUCCUUCUCGACCAUUGGUCUUGCAGCAGAUAGAAGCAUGCCACAAUAUUGUGGGAAUACCUCAAGAAUGGACAGUUGAUAUGACCGGUCAGUUAAGUCCUCCUAAAAGAGCACGAUUUUGGAAAACAAAGAGAGUAUUCUUUGUCACCCCACAAGUCUUUGAAAAGGAUAUUCAUUCAGGCACAUGUUUGGUGAAGUACUUAGUAUGCUUGGUUAUUGAUGAAGCUCACAGGGCAAUGGGAAAUUACUCUUACUGUGAAGCAGUUCGUGAGUUAAUGGCUGUACAAGUGCAACUGAGAAUAUUAGCGUUAACUGCGACACCAGGGUCAAAGCAGCAGACUGUCCAGGAUGUUAUUGAUAAUCUGCAUAUCUCCAAGCUUGAAUAUCGCAGUGAAACUGACCCUGACGUUAUCUCUUAUGUUCAUGAUAGGAAGAUAGAGUUGAUACAGGUUGCAAUGGGCCUAGAUGCUGUAGAAAUAAACAAUAAGUUUUUGGAAGUGAUACGCCCUAUAGUUGCCAGGCUUACAGCUAUUGGGGUCAUUCAGAACAGGGAUUACCGCACUUUGAGCCCUUGUGUAUUGCUUGAAAUAAGGGAAAAGUUUCGCCAGGGGCAUAGGCAAGAUCUUUCUCAUGACAACUAUGGAGAUAUUGAAGGGUAUUUUGGAGUUCUUAUUACUCUUUAUUACAUCCACAAGCUGCUUUCAAGUCAUGGAAUAAGGCCAGCUUAUGAGAUGCUUGAAAGAAAGUUGAAGCAAGGGUUUUUCGCAAAAUAUGUGAGUAAAAAUGAUGAUAUUCAUAAAGCUAGGCAACUUAUGCAACAAAGCUUGUUUCAUGGAGCAUCGAGUCCCAAAUUGUCCAAGAUGCUAGAAGUAUUACUGGAGCAUUUCAAAACCAAUGAUCCACAAAACUCCAGGGUAAUUAUUUUCUCCAAUUACAGAGAAAGUGUCAGGGACAUAAUGGACGCACUUACAAAUAGUGGGGGUCCAGUCAGAGCUACCCAGUUUAUUGGUCAAAGUUCAGGAAAAACAAUGAAAGGUCAAUCCCAAAAAGUUCAACAGGCUGUGCUGAAGAAAUUCCGGUCUGGUGCCUUCAAUGUCAUUGUUGCUACAUCAAUUGGUGAAGAAGGUCUUGAUAUUAUGGAAGUUGAUCUUGUCAUAUCUUUUGAUGCUAAUAUUUCACCACUUAGAAUGAUUCAACGAAUGGGGAGAACUGGAAGAAAGCACGAUGGGCGAGUUGUAGUUUUAGCCUGUGAAGGAGCAGAGUUAAAAGGCUACUUGAGAAAACAGGCAAAGAGCAAGACUAUAAGUAAACACAUGCGAAAUGGGGGCGUAAAUAGCUUUGUCUUUCAUCCUAGUCCAAGGAUGAUUCCCCACAUCCUCAAACCAGAAGUUCAGUAUGUUGAGCUGUCUAUUGAGAAAUUUAUUCCUCGUCAAAAGAAUGUGUCAGAUGACCAUCUUCACAUUUCUCCCUCAAAGGACAAACUCACUCUUGCUGAGAUUGAUUUACUUGAAAAUUAUUUCCACCAAACCGGGGAAAACAAAUGUAGAUUGUCUCUUAUUGCGUUUCCCCACUUUCAGACCUUUCCUUCCAGAGUACAUAAAGUGAAGCAUUCCUCUGGAACGUUGAUGCUUAUAGACAUGAUGCAGCGUUUGCAAGGACUAAUAGCAAUUCCCAAAGAUAGAAAAACUCUUCAGGAACAUCAGUGGUUAGGAGAUAGUAAGCAAAUUGCUAUUGCCGAGCUCGAUGAAGCUAUAAAAGACAAUGAAUCAUGCCGUACCCAUACAGUGGGAAGGAACGGUGUCUCUGUGAGUUGUCUGGAACUGGAUUCCUGUCAUUUGGGGAUUCAAACAAAAGAGUUUGUUGAUCUAACUCAAGAAGAUAGUACACUUUGUGACUUGGUUAAGAAUCAAGAUGAAACAUGCGAGGGCGAUGAGAUAAUUCCUGAGACUCCAAUUGCUAUGAGAAAUGUGUCAAAUGAAGGAGCUAAGGCUGGUGAAACGGUAAAUGUUGCUGAGAGUCAGACUUCUUUGAUGGCUGCAAAUGCAUGCAUUAGUGGCAUGGGAGAUGAAGAAUUUAGUCCCCGUUUAACUAAUUUUAUAAAAAGUGGCGUUGUUCCAGAGUCUCCAAUUGAUGAAAGAGGGCCAUUGAAAGACAAGUGUGUCAUUAGAGACUGUAUUUCACCUGUUCAUUUCCAGGAAGAACAGGGUGUUAGUGCUUUAAAUUCUAGGGAUACUGAAAAGGUCAUCAUUGAUCAUGACACUUGUAAGAAUGUUUGUACUUCUCCUGUCAGUAAAACUCAAACCCCUUUACUUAAGCUGAAGAAUUGUGCAAUUAGAAGAGGACGCGUCUUCCUUUCUCAAAUCGAUGAAGCCCAUACAUAUAUCGCUGACCCAAGCUUCAGUGAAGAGUCACAUUCAGCUUGUGGUGAAAUGUCUAUGAGCAUUAAACCUGCACAGAAAUUUAAAAGGUUGCGGAAAGUUGAAGAUACCAAGAGUAAUAUGAAUCAGAAAGACAAUUUUUUGGCUUCAACAGCAAACUUUUUCGAAUCAUCUUCUCCUGCCUCCAAUCCCACACACUAUAAGCAUGGCCAAGGUAAAAGGAAGUCAACACAUAAUGUGAGAGAAUUCAUUGAGGAGGAAGCUGAGGUAUCUUCAGAUGCCUAUGUAUCUAAUGAUGAAGAUGUCGAGGAUGGCAAUUCACAUGACAGUUUCAUAGAUGACAGGACCAACCCUACAGCGGCCAGUCAACCUGAAGCUAGUAGAAUUGACAUGAUGGCAAUUUACAGGCGUUCUCUACUCAGUCAAACACCAAUUAAUGGAGGACUUAAUUUUCCUGCUACCUUCAGCCCUGACGACGUGAUGACUACAGCCAGCAUUAGUGAAAGUAGGGAUUCAUCAGGCAAGACAGUGAGUCAUUUCCGGACAGGACCAACCAAUCAGUCAGCUAAUCGGACUUCAGAAUCAGUUCAUAUCGACCAAAUAACCUCAGAAGCAGUGCUUUCAACUACUUCCCUUAGUGGGACUGGGACAGACGUAAGAAGUCGUAAAAGAAGAUUGACAUUUUAUCAUUCUGGACAUUUUCCAAAUGUGAACCUUGAACAAGAAUUUGCACUUGAAUCAAAGAAAGAAUCAGUGGAUGGCGAGGCAACUAUAGAUGUUCUAUGUGAUGAUCAGUUUUAUAAUGAUCUUGAUCUUGACGAAUUGGAGGCACAAGCAACAUCGCUUCUGAAAGAGAAAUCAGAUUUGUCAAGUCACAAGCAAACUACAGCCCCUCAAUCUCACGCAACAAACCUUGAUGUUUUUAGGUCUCCAUCAUUCGACCUUGGCAUAUGAAAAGCACGGCAUAAACAAUAUAUGCGGGUGACCAGAAAACUUUUAGUCGCCAUAUUAAAGAAGAGGUGGCUUAGUUGUAUUUAUCCUAGGUAUAGUUGUUGUAUAGUUAUAUGGAAUGGAGACAUUAUAUUUAUCUAUGGGUGCGUCAUUGUAUGGAUACUGCUGGAUUGGUGGAUUGGAUCCAUCUUGUUUGUUCAUCUUGACAAAUCAUAGGUAAGCGGAUGAGGCUGUAAAUUGUAAUUAUGUUCUAAUGAAACUAGUGAAACUAGAGAAAGAGUGUUUUAAGAUGGAACAUUCCAAUCCAAUUCAUCGAAAUAGCAUAUUCAGCUGA